UCAUUGUUACGAAUUAAUGUCCAGGCCCAGCCUUGAUUUUGAUUAGAAAAAAUAAAAAAAGAACAAAAUUUAUUUUCUUAACAACCUAUCAAACCCAGCAAGGCACCUUCCAUUUGGUACAUAUACAGCUAUAUACGCGUAGCACAAUCCAUGUACUUCAAGGACACCAAGCUUGGAGCAAUGGCAGAAGCAGAGAUGGAGAGCUCGCCGAGAUCUCAGCCCAAGCCAUCAGACCAAGAAGAAGAAAGGCAAGCGAAAGGAGAGGCGAAGCAAGGAGGAUGGAUCACCCUCCCCUUCAUAGCUGGGAGCAUGGUUGGGCUGGGGCUGGCCAUCAACGGCACCACCAGCAACCUGCAGAUUUACCUCAUCAAGGAGUACAACGUGGAGAGCAUCGACGCGGCGCAGAUCGCCAACAUCGUCCGCGGCUCGCUCAACCUCGUCCCCGUCGCCGGAGCCAUCCUCUCCGACUCCUACUUGGGCUGCUUCCCGGUCAUCCUCGCCGGCGCGGCCAUCAACGUUCUGUCCUUCGUGCUGUUCACUCUCUCAGCGGCCCUGCCGUCCCUGCGGCCGCCGUACUGCCCGGCGCCGUCCGCCGUGUGCCAGCGCGGAACGGCCGGGCAGCUCGCCGUGCUGUACGCCGCGGUGUCCCUUCUAGCCAUCGGCACCGGCGGGACGCGUUUCAACGUGGCCACGAUGGGCGCGGACCAGUUCGGCGGCGCGCGCGACCAGGACACCUUCUUCAACUGGUACUUCGUCUUCCUCUACGCUUCCUUCCUGAUCGGCGACACGGCCAUCGUCUACAUCCAGGACGGCGUGUCCUGGGCCCUGGGCUUCGCCAUCUGCCUCGCCGCGACGGCGUUCAGUCUGGUCCUGUUUCUCCUCGGCGCGCGGUACUACCGGAUGCCCGCGCCAAACGGCAGCCCAUACUCCGAGCUGGCCCGCGUCGUCGUGGCCGCCGUGCGCAAGGCUCGCGUCCAUGUCGGCGCGCUAGGUCCCGUGCCGUACUACGUGGGAGACAAUGCUGUCGUGGACUCGGCCGGCGAGGGCGCUCCAAGCAAACGAUUAAGCUUUCUUAAUCGUGCCGCCAUGAUCACCGCCACCGAGGACCCCAUUGAUGAUGCGUCUGGCGGCCGUUGUGCAAGCGGCUGGCGGCUGUGCAGGGUGCAGCAAGUGGAGGAUCUCAAGUCUCUGCUCGGCGUCCUCCCGCUGUGGUCGUCUGGUAUAAUGCUCAGCGUGUCCAUCGGGGUGAUGAUCGGCAUGAUCAUCCUGCAGGCUCUCGCCAUGGACCGCUCGCUCGGACCGCGCUUCAAGAUCCCAGCAGGAUCCAUCACCGUCUGCUCGCUCGUGGCCUUCAUCGCCGUGACCCCGGUCCUUGACCGUGCCGUCUUCCCGCUCUGGCGCAGGAUCACCGGCAUGCCGCCGUCGCCGCUGCAGCGCGUGGGGCUCGGCCACGUCGUGAACAUUGCGGGCAUGGUGGUCGCGGCUCUGGUGGAGCGCCGAAGACUGAGCGUCGUGCACGCGCACGGCGGCGCCGAUGCGCCGGCCGGCUGGGUCACCCCCAUGUCCGUACUGUGGCUCCUGCUCCCUCUUGGUGUCGUGGGGAUCGGGGAGGCCCUCCACUUCCCCGGAAACAUGGCCUUCUACUAUCUGGAGUUCCCCAAGACGUUGCGGAGCUUGGCGACGGCCAUGGCGCCGCUGCUCAUCGCCAUGGGGUUCUACCUCAGCACGGUGUUCGUCGACGUGGUGAGGCAUGUCACGGCGUGGCUGCCGGGGAACGUAAACCAGGCGAGGCUGGACAACGUGUACUGGACCGUGGCUGUGGCAGUGACUGUGAACUUUGGCUAUUUCCUCGUUUGUGCCAGCCGAUAUAAGUAUCAAAACCAAUCGACCACCGUGGUAAUGUAAAAAAGGAUUUGCAGGCUGAGUCUUGAGCUAUUAUUUUCAUGAUGAAGUGCCUGAUUUCCUUUUUCCUUUUGAGAAAUUAUGAGGGCUUUUUUCUUUGAGAAAUUAUGAGGUGCCUGGUUAGAUUUGGUUUGUCUUCUUCUUGUCUUAGCCUGAUGGGCUUCGUUUGUGGCGAAACACAGGAAUCCAUUUUUGAGCCCGAGCUCAUCUGA